AUGGCUAGUAAUUAUACAAUAAGCCUCGUUAUCCUCACCACUAUUCUUUUUACUUUCGCCUUUUUUCCGUUCACAAAGGUGAAAGCCGAAAUUGACUCAAGUGGUGAAGAAACAGUGAAGGAAAAUAUUGGAAAAAUUAAGACGAGUUCGAAAACAGAUGAUGAAAUUAUUCAGAGGGAGGAAGAAGCAAUUAAAUUGGACGGGCUCUCUGUUGCCGAAAUGAAAGAAUUGAGAACUCGAGCUGAGAAACACAGCUUUCAGGCUGAAGUAAAUCGUAUGAUGAAACUGAUUAUUAAUUCUUUGUAUAAAAAUAAGGAGAUCUUUCUUCGUGAGUUGAUAUCAAACGCUUCGGACGCACUGGACAAAAUUCGAUUGUUAUCGUUAACAGAUCCGUCGGUUCUUCGGACUACGGAUGAACUUUCAGUUCGAAUUAAGGCAGAUCCAGAAAAUCACAUGUUACAUGUGACGGAUACUGGCAUUGGAAUGACAAAAACAGAUUUGAUCAAUAAUUUGGGUACGAUUGCGCGAUCAGGAACAGCAGAGUUUCUGUCGAAACUGCUGGAUUCUUCCACAUCAUUGGAACAACAACAAGACAUGAUCGGACAGUUUGGUGUCGGUUUUUAUUCUUCUUAUCUUGUUGCAGAUCGUGUUGUCGUAACUUCGAAACACAAUGAUGACGAUCAGUAUAUUUGGGAAUCUGACAGUUCUUCGUUCACAGUUGCAAAGGAUCCUCGGGGUGCAACUCUUAAGCGUGGCACUCAAGUUACAUUGCAUUUGAAGGAAGAAGCAUAUAACUUCUUAGAAUCCGAUACACUGAAGAACUUAGUGGAAAAGUACAGUCAGUUCAUCAAUUUUAACAUCUACAUGUGGCAGUCGAAGACGGAAACAGUUGAAGAACCUUUUGAAGAAGAAACAGAAAAAGUAACUGAUGAGAGGACUGAAGAUGCUGAUGGUAAAGUUGAAGAGGACAGAAUGGAAGCGAAAACCAAGAAAGUUGAAAAGACAACAUGGGAUUGGGAAAAAAUCAACAAUGUUAAGCCAAUAUGGAUGCGAAAGAACGAUGAAGUUGAAGUGGAGGAAUACAACGAAUUUUACAAGAGCAUCACUAAGGAUCACGAAAAUCCUCUUGCGUAUGUGCAUUUUACAGCUGAGGGAGAGGUCACUUUCAAAUCUAUCCUCUACAUUCCUCGACAUAGUCCAUUCGAUAUGUUUCAGAAUUAUGGAAAGGGUACGGACAAUAUCAAACUAUAUGUGCGUCGUGUUUUUAUCACCGAUGAUUUUCAUGAUAUCAUGCCGAAAUAUUUAUCUUUCAUCCGUGGCAUAGUAGAUUCGGAUGACUUGCCACUGAACGUUUCCCGCGAAACACUUCAACAGCAUAAACUUUUGAAGGUUAUUAAGAAGAAGCUUGUCAGGAAAGUAUUGGAUAUGUUCAAGAAGAUGGAACCUGGUGAUUUUGAAGAUUUUUGGAAAGAAUACAGUACAAAUAUCAAACUAGGUAUCAUGGAAGAUCCCACAAACAGAACACGUCUUGCAAAGCUUCUGCGUUUCUACUCUUCCAAUAGAAAAGACAAGAUGACUUCACUUGCUGAAUACGUAAGCCGGAUGAAAGAUAAACAAGAAAUGAUCUUUUAUGUUGCUGGAAAUUCACGGGAAGAGGUGGAAUCUCUACCGUUUGUUGAGCGUUUGCUCAAGAAAGGAUAUGAGGUGUUGUAUUUGGUGGAAGCUGUUGACGAAUAUGCCAUCCAAUCGAUGCCAGAGUUUGAUGGGAAGAAAUUCCAGAAUGCUGCCAAAGAAGGGCUGAAAAUUGAUGACAGUGAAAAAAGUAAAGAAAUGCAGGAACAGCUGGAAAAGGAAUUUGAACCACUGACGAAUUGGCUAAAAAAUAUGGCUCUGAAGGAUAAAAUUGAGAAGGCACUUGUUUCGCAACGUUUGGUCCAAUCACCGUGUGCACUAGUUGCAUCUUCAUAUGGUUGGUCAGGCAACAUGGAGCGGAUCAUGAAAUCUCAAGCGCAUGCAAAAUCCUAUGACCCAACUCAGGAGUUCUACGCAAAUCAGAAGAAAACAUUCGAAAUUAACCCACGUCAUCCUGUUAUCAAGGAAUUACUGCGUCGUGUACAAUCUGGGAAAAGUGAUGAGAAAGCUACUGAUACAGCUAUGCUGCUGUUUGAAACGGCUACAUUACGGUCUGGUUUCACUCUAAGUGAUCAGGUUGGAUUUGCUGAACGAGUUGAGCAGAUUCUCCGCCGAACGAUAGACGUGUCACUGGAUGAACCAGUGGAAGAAGAACCUGAAUUUGAGGAAGAGGAUAAAAACAAGGUAUCUGCCGAGGAAAACGAUGAAACAAAAGAUGAGUUGGAGCAUUCAGAGCUCUGA